CCGUCAGCCUCGGCCCGCCGCGCCCAUCGUCACCGCUUCUUUGGGCCUUCCGUCCGGCCCAAGACGGGAGCGCUUGCUGCCGUGCUUGCUGCUGGUCUUGCUCUCCUCGUCCACUUUGCGUGUGGUGGUGCCGCCAGCCUCCGCCUCUCCCCCCCACCACGACGCGACUCCUGUGUCUCGCCCGCCGCCCAAACCGCGCCCAAGAGCACGCCUGGCCCCGCGCUCCCCGCCCAAACUGCCUCUGCUGCCGCCAUGGCGCUGAACAACUCGAGCGGCGCCACGAGCGUCGCCCGCGUCUAUGCCGACGUCAAUGCAAACAUGCCCCGCUCCUACUGGGACUACGACUCGGUCAACAUCUCGUGGGGCGUGCUGGAGAACUACGAGGUGGUCCGCAAGAUCGGCCGCGGAAAGUACUCGGAGGUGUUCGAGGGCAUCAACGUCGUCAACUACCAGAAAUGCGUAAUCAAGGUGCUCAAGCCUGUCAAGAAGAAGAAGAUAAAGCGUGAGAUCAAGAUCCUGCAGAACCUGUCUGGCGGCCCCAACAUCGUCUCGCUGCUGGACGUGGUGCGCGAUAACCAGGUUAGUGAUGGCUCCGGUUGGCUUGGUGAUUGGAGCAAGACGCCGUCACUGAUAUUCGAGUAUGUCAACAACACCGACUUCCGCAGUCUGUACCCCAAGUUCCAGGACUUUGACGUGCGCUUCUACAUCUUCGAGCUGCUCAAGGCUCUCGACUUCUGCCACAGCAAGGGCAUCAUGCAUCGCGAUGUCAAGCCCCACAACGUCAUGAUCGACCAUGAAAAGCGAAAGUUGCGCCUCAUUGAUUGGGGUCUAGCAGAGUUCUACCAUGCCGGAACCGAAUACAACGUCCGUGUUGCGUCCCGGUACUUCAAGGGCCCUGAGCUGCUAGUCGACUUCCAAGAGUACGACUACUCGCUCGACAUGUGGUCGCUGGGCGCCAUGUUUGCCUCGAUGAUCUUUAGGCGAGAACCCUUCUUCCACGGUAACAGCAACUCGGACCAGCUUGUCAAGAUUGCAAAGGUCCUUGGUACCGAGGAUCUCUUUGACUACCUUGACAAGUACGACAUUGAACUGGACGCCCAGUACGACGACAUACUCAGUCGGUACCCCAAGAAGCCUUGGCAUUCGUUCAUCAAUGCCGAGAACCAGCGCUUUGUUAGCAACGAUGCUAUUGACUUUCUCGAUAAGCUGCUACGAUAUGACCACCAGGACCGACUUACUGCCCAAGAGGCCAUGGCGCACCCUUACUUUGCUCCCGUCCGACAGGCUGCGCAGCAGAACAGCACCGCGGCAUGAUUGAGAUACCCAAUUCACACGAUUAGACCUUAUGUAAUGGCACGAGCCACGAAACCUGCACUCUGAUCCGUCCAUUUUACUUCCAGUCCCCUUUGAGCAUGUGGGCGAUGGCUAAUGUGCCGACGCGCACAUGGUGCGUGAGCAGCGGAGUGAUGGACGCGCAAGGCAAAGCACGGGGUACUGCUCUUGGAUAACGAACGAUAUAGGCACAAAAUGGUGCAGCGCAGGCGUAUGGUCGCGACGAAAGCUCCAAGGCCCCUUGUCAAACCAAUGCAUAGCCAAGGUGUUAGUGGGCUGAUCAAAU